AAUAGGUAAAUGGUGGAACCGAGUGAGAUUGAGCUCGGCAUCCAAUUUAAGGGGGCGUCCUCGACCGAUCUCCCUUCCAAUUCUCCAUCUCUUCCAGGGAUUUCUUCGCGCUUCCGAUCGAUCGGAGGUUUUCUCGUCGGUUCGUAAGAUCCGAAGGUGAUGGCGUCGAGGCUCCACCAACUUCGGUCGAAGGCUGGUCAGGCUUCGGAGUUCAUCGCCAAGCACGGGGGCGCUUACUACAAGGAGCUGCUGGAGAAGAACAAGCAGUACAUCGUUCAGCCACCCACGAUCGAGGCAUGUCAGGAUCUGUCGAAAAAGCUGUUCUAUACUCGACUUGCAAGCAUUCCCGGUCGUUGUGAAUCCUUCUGGAAGGAGCUUGAUGGGGUGAAACACAUAUGGCAAAACAGGAAGGAGCUCAAGGUCGAAGAUGCUGGCAUUGCUGCUCUGUUUGGGCUGGAGUUAUAUGCAUGGUUCUGUGUCGGCGAGAUAGUUGGAAGAGGAUGUACUUUCACUGGCUACUAUGUCUAAGGAGUCGGCAUCCAUCUGAAUUCCUUUAGUUUUCCUGCAUUCCGGUUUGAUCAAUCUUCUCGCCUUUUUCCCUACUUGCAAAAUUUUGUUCACCAUAGAAUUUUUAAGCUGGCAAUCAGCGAGACAAGCAUAGUUUCCUUGCAUUAAAUAAUCAAUUGACAUGCUCUCGUCAAUCAGUGACUUGACUUUUUUGCUUGAA